AUGGACGGUUCUCUUCGCCCUAUUGAACAAACUUUGUUCUGCAUGGUCUUGCACCAGUCAUCGCAUUUCAUGGAAUAUGCAUUCCUACGCGGCCGACCUCAACACUGCUCCUAUGCCGCCUUCUCGCUGGGUGCCUUGUAUCACCAUAUGGUACAAAGUGAACAUUCGCGCGAACAACAGCAGUCUGAUAAACUUGGUUAA